AUUGGGUUUGGCGAUUUAGUCAAAGAUGGAACACCGGAUGAUUCUGUAUGCCUUGUUCUGGAAUGUUUGCUGCAAACUUAUGGCGGAUCUUGUCAAGAGGCAAUCUUGAUCAGUGUUAGGAACCUAAUUGGUCAAGAAGUCAUGAGCAGACAUAGGCUUGUGUCAACGGCACAAGACGAAUGCAAUAAAGGAAUUCGCCAAGCUUGCUCGUCUUCUCUGUCUCCGGUCCACAACUUUCUCAAUGUCCAGCCAGAAAACACGAAAUCUCCUUUCAUACGAUCACAAUCUCCAGAUUCACCUGGUCAGCUAUGGCCAAAGAAUAGUUCUCAGAGCACGUUCUCACGGUCUUCCACCUUCUGCACAAACCUCUACGUGUCAUCGUCUUCGAGCUCUGAAGCUCAGAAACAUCUAGGAAACAGUCUUCCCUUCCUCCCUGAUCCCUCCGCUUAUAGCAAGUCUGCUUCUGGUGUGGAAUCUGCAAGAUCUCCAUCUGUUUUCAGCGAGGAUUUGGGAAAUCCAUUUGAUGGAGACAGCUCCGGGUCGCUUGUCAAAGAUUUUCUUAAUCUUUCUGGGGAUGCUUGUUCCGAUGGCGGUUUUCAUGAUCUUGACUGUUCGAAUGACAGCUAUUGCUUAUCAGAUCAAAUGGAACUGCAGUUCCUGUCUGAUGAACUUGAGCUGGCCAUCACAGACCGCGCUGAAACUCCCAGGCUUGAUGAGAUUUAUGAAACGCCAGUGCCUUCAAAUCCAGUCACCAGAAUGAGUCUAAGCCAAAGCCGCGUUGCUGGAGUAGUGUCUAUUGACGCAGUUUCAUCUCACCCUUCUCCGGUAUCAGCAGCCAAUCACAAGCCGAGAAUGAGAUGGACUCCUGAGCUCCACGAGCUUUUUGUAAAGUCGGUGACCAAACUUGAAGGGCCUGAAAAGGCCACUCCAAAGGCUGUUCUGAAGCUCAUGAAUGUUGAGGGCUUGACGAUCUAUCAUGUAAAAAGCCACUUGCAGAAGUAUAGACUAGCCAAGUAUAUGCCAGAGAAAAAAGAAGAGGAAAAGAAUGUCAACUCAGAAGAAAAGAAACCGGCUUUGCGUAACAGUGAAGCUGAUGAGAAAAAGAAAGGGGCAAUAGAGUUAACUGAAGCUUUGCGUAUGCAGAUGGAAGUUCAAAAGCAAUUGCAUGACCAACUCGAGGUGCAACGGGUGCUUCAGCUACGAAUAGAAGAGCAUGCUAAAUACUUGGAAAAGAUGAUGGAAGAACAAUUCAAAACCAGGAGGCUAAUUUCUUCUUCUUCUUCUUGUCAGACACCGUUAUCAGCUAGUGAUGACUCUGUACCAGAGUCUCAAAACAUGUCCAAAACCGAAGCAUCUACGCCUCAGCCGUCAUCAUCUGCAAAGAACAAAGCUUCUGAAACCGAAGACGAUAAAUGUGAAUCCCCUCAGAAACGUCGCAGGCUUGAGAACGAAGCUGAGUCUGAGCACGGAGUUAUGGUAGACAAGAAGAAAAAUCGGGUUAAAUGCAAACACUGUGGAAAAGAAAUGUCUGGCUUGAAUCGUCUGAAAUGUCACUUGGGUAGUGUAGGUACAGAUGUAACUCCCUGUGUAAAAGUUACAGAUACUGUCAGAGAGGCUUUUCAUAAGAUGCUUAUGGAGGAAAGAUCUAGUGUUACUGCUGCUAAGACUAAGAGAGUUGGGGAAGUCCAAAUGGGUAAAGCUCGUAAGCGUGGAAGAAGAGAAGAUUCAUCCAGCAAAGGUGUUUCUCCUGAGAAGGGGAAUGCAGGCGUGAAGGCUACUAAACAGGAUUUGUGUUCAAACAAAGCUCAAAAGUUGAUUGGUCGGUGCUCUAAUGAAAAUCGUCUCGACUUUUCAGCUGUGGGUUCCCCAGGCUUCGGAGAAAUAAUGACUUUCAGCGGUGGUAAGAUCCCUGAUUUAAACGGAAGGAUGCUUCAAGAAGCGUUGAAGGAAGUGCAGGGUCACGUGAGGAAGAUCAAAGAAUCGUGGGAGAUCACAGGUUGUAGCAUCUUGCUGGAUGCUUGGGUUGACCAGAAUGGCCAUGAUCUGAUUACUUUUGUUGCAGAUUGUCCAGCAGGUCCAGUGUAUCUGAAGUCCUUUGAUGUUUCAGAUAUUAAACAUGAAGUCACCGCCUUAACGUCGCUUGUAUCUGGGCUUGUUGAGGAAGCUGGAGUGCAUAACGUGAUUCAAAUCAUUGCACCUGCAACCUCUGGCUGGGUUGGUGAGCUAGGCAAGUCUUUUGUGAGUAACAACGAAAACGUUUUAUGGUCCGUGAGCGUAUCCCACUGCUUCGAGCUUAUGCUGGUGAAGAUUGCGGAAUUGCAUUCCCUUGCAGACAUAGUUGACAGAGUCAAUCAGAUCACAGAGUUCGUCAACAACAACGCUUUGGUUCUGAAGCUUAUCAGAGAUCAGUCUCAUGGAACAGGCAUGGCCGUCUCUUCCUCCGAGUAUGAGUUUGUUUUGCCGUAUCUAUCUCUAGAGAGUAUAUUCAAGUCGAAGAACCACUUGGAAGCCAUCUGUGCUUCAUCCGAUUGGAAGAAAGAUGAGGUCAUAACAAUAUCCAAAUCGGUGAAGGAUUCGUCUUUUUGGGAAACUGUUGAGAGAGUUGUGAAAUCCACAUCUCCUCUGGUUCACGGUCUACUCUUGUUUUCUACUGCCAACAAUCAGCAAGUUGGAUAUAUUUAUGACAGUAUGGAUGGCAUAAAGGAGAAUAUAGCGAAUGAAUUUGAUGGCGAGAAGCUGUCUUACAAGCCGCUUGAAAUGUACACACUUGGUAAAGGUAGCUUUGACGAGGCCAGCCAAGCUGAUCAGUUCUCUGAAAUCGCUCCAGCUGAGUGGUGGGCUCAAAAGGCAAGCGAGCACCCAGAACUGCAGAGUUUCGCCAUCAAGGUUCUGAGCCAGACAUGUGAUGGUGCUUCAAGGUACAAGCUGCAGAGAACAGUAGCAGAGAAGCUGCUGCUCACGGAAGGAAUGAGCCAUAGUGAGAAACAGCAUUUGGAGGAGUUGGCGUUUGUUCAUUACAAUCUUCAUCUACAAAGCUGCAAAGCCAAACUAAGCGAAGCUGCAAACCCAAACUAAGCGAAGAGCAGUGGAGAAACUGAGCUGCAAGAUGAUUGUAUGGACUGACCUGUUGAGCAGCUUCUUCUUUUUUUUGUCAAUGUGCUGAUGUGCAGAUUUUAGGUUUUUGUUUUUUUUGUAUAUUCAGCAAACCUCGUAUUUUGAAUUGGUCUAGUUCCCGCAAAUCUUUUUUAUAUCUUUAUACUUGAAUCGGAGUUGGGAUGAGACAUGGGAGCAAUGUUAAGAGCUGCAGGAGUAAGUUCAAAUCAGACAAGAAAUCCCCUAA